UAUCUUGCUCUUUGGAAAUGCAACAACAGAUUCUGGUGUUCUUUCUCUCACAACCAACACCACAUUUUCCAUUGGCAGAGCUCUCUACAACGCCAAAGUCCCACAAGGUAUCCAAACUCCUUAAACCUUCUGCCUUUCACAACCUCCUUCACCUUUUCCAUAACCCCACACAAGGACUCUCUCCCCGGCCAUGGAUUCGUCCUUGUUUUCGUUCCCUCUCCCGGCAUCCAAUCCGCCUCUCCAUCCCAACAUCUCGGCUUCUUGAAUAAAACCAAUGACGGUAACCCCAACAACCACGCUUUUGGCGUCGAAUUUGAUGUGUUCCAAAACAAAGAAUUCGGUGACAUCAACGAUAAUCACGUCGGCGUUAACGUCAAUUCUCUAACUUCUCUGGCUUCUUACAAAGCUGGAUACUGGCUUGGUGAGGGCAGUAACGACACUAACUUGCCUUUCAAGGAAAUAAAGCUGAAUAGUGGAUACAACUAUCAAGCUUGGAUUGAGUACUGGAAUUACCAGCUCAGCAUAACAUUGGCUCCUGAAAAUGUGAAGAAGCCUGAGCAGCCUUUGAUUAGGGUUCCACUUGAUCUCUCUGAAGUUUUUCGUGAUGAAAUGUAUGUUGGUUUCACUGCAUCAACUGGCCAACUCAUUGAAGAUCAUAAAAUUCUGAGCUGGAGCUUCAAUAAUUGAAAGCUAGUACAAUUUUGAAAGUAGUUUGUCGAUAUACUCCCUGAACUUGUUGGUCACUUUCGAUUUUUCACUUGACUGUUUUUUAGAAUAAUUGCGAAUCGAACUAUAACAAAAAUAGCCAAUUAUCUCUCUGCCGUUGUAUUUCCUACCGUUACAUUCAAUGUUUAUCAUGAAUUUGUGGGGUUGGAAGAUUUGUACCUUCAUAAACAAGGCUCAUGACAUGCCUCA